AUGGUUCCCGCUCCAAACCCACCAGUAUGCGAUGAUACGAAAGCUACAAUAUUCGGCAACACACCAAAUCCCCAUCCUGUGGUGAUAUGUUUCCAUGGAUCCGGCGACUCAUGCGCCUCCUGGCUGCCACUGGCCCAUUCAUUGAGCGAUUCAUACCGUGUGUUGCUUUGGGAUCGCGGCGAGCCCAGCCAGAAGCCCAGCGUAGCAGUAGACGAAAUGGUAAAGUACUUGGAACAGGUACGCCUGCAGAUACCGCCCCCUUACGUGCUCGUAGCGCACUCCUACGGAGGCACCUUUGCCCGGACAUUCUUAGAAAAGAGACCAAGAGACGUGGCGGGAAUGGUGCUGGCGGAGACGGGCCAGGAGACCGCAUUGGACGCCAAGAUGGAGCGGCAGCAAUACAGGAGACAGGUUCUCGGUGACAAUCCACUCAGCGUUAUCCGGGCAAACACCUUGAUAAGAAAGUGGGCGCAGUACGAGCACGCUGUAAAUGCGGCCGAUAACGAUACCGAGAAGACAGCUCUCGAGGUUCAGAAACAGAUCCUCGACGUUACAGACAAGGAAGACGAGCGGCUCAAAAAGGCCCAGCUUGCACUAUCUCGCCAUCAUCGCUACCUGCAUGUGCCAGAUUGUGGACACAACGUCAUCCAAGACAGACCAGAGGUGGUAGCAGAUGAAAUACGAUGGGUCAUGAAGAACCUUGUUUCAACAGAAAAGAAGCCUGCGAACGUACUCCGUCGACUACUUUCUUUGAUCGGGAGUCGACGACAACCACAAUGA